UGCCCGUCUCACAUUUCCCUGCCCGAUCAUUUUUCUGUUCAUCUGCAACGACGGCUUGCCGUUCAUUUUCGUUCCGAGUCAUCUAGGGAUAUUUUCAAGGGAAUAUUUUUGUUCAGGAGUAACGUGAUAAUUGACGGGGAGGAAAGCACAGUUUAAGUCCGACGUAAGGUAGUGUUCAAAUAAAAUCCAAAAAUCUAAAGUUUGAACUAAUUUGAUCCCCUUAAAAGUUAAAAGUUUGGUGUGAUUGUUUUAAAUCAAUUUUGAGUCUUCUCCCUUUCAAAUAAAGGCGGUUUAAAAUUAAACAACGAGCAAUCCAGAGUUCGCUUCAUACCGGAGUUCUUCUCCCGGAGUUCCAUUGGGGUAUUCUCUUCUGCACAUUUGCCAUUCAUUCCAUACGUAUUUAGAUUCAUUCCUGAUUCUUACCAUUCUUCGCAGUAACCAUUCUUCGCAGUAACCAUUCUUCAGACCAUUAUUGUGCAGUUCUUUUUCUUUGGUUCAGAUAAACAUGAAGCUGCAAGAAUUGAUGAAGGCUGAGUAUGAAGUUUUGAAAGAAGGAGAGCACAUAAGGAUCGCCACUGCGUACGAACACGGAUCUCCACCCAUUGGCAUUGGAGCUUGGACGAGAGUAAGCCACGGCGAAUUGAGUCACGAAGGUGAACGACUAAAAAACGUCAUUUGGCAUGGAAGAACCUACUAUUGUGCUCCAGGCGCUGGCCAAUACCUGUCGGGGGAAGGCAUCUCCUUCCCCAUGACACCAAGAUCUCGAGCCGCCGCGGCCGCACGCAAAGCAGCCGCCCACGAAACCUCUUCUCCAGGCUCUGAUCCAUCAGCAUCCUGGCCUUGGCUGCUAUUAGGCUGUGUAAGUGCGGCUUUCUUGGUAUACUGUUCCUUGCCCAACGAGCAGCGUCAGAGCAUUGGGACUAUCAUGACGAGCUUCCGUGACACUGUGAAAGCUGCUCAGGAAAGCUUCCGGGAUGCCCUGACAGUAGCCAAAGAAACUGUACAGGAAGUGAAGCACAUAUCUGACAUGAUGCACUCUUAGUUUUUUCUUUUUUUUUUUUUGCAAAAUUGCCCUUGCUUUGCCCGGAAUAAGAAAUGCUAUAAAAUUUCUCUUUAAAAAUCCUGUAUAUACUCCCUUACGCUUUAGAAAUCCUGUAUACACACUAAAUUUCCUUUGAUGAUGGACCCUUAUUCCUUCACUGAGUGUGCUUUUAUUGGUUGUUUAUUUAGCAUGUACUGCCUCUGCUCUUGUCAG